UGUCUGUUCUUAUCUCAAGUAGUUGCUAGAUUCUCUUAGUUGUGUAACUAAUUAGAUACCUAUAUCUAAUCAAUCACAUAUUUAAUUAUUGGCAAUAGUAGCUAAAUCAGUGUAUGUGGAAAAUACGAACAAGAGAUUACUAUCAUUUUAUAGAUAAUGUACGAAGAAUUAGAAUACGAUAGUAAACUUGAUCAAUAUACAGAGGUGAUUUUCAAUGAGUUUUCGGAUAGUUCUGACGAAGAAAUUGAAAAUAGCAUCGCACCUGUAAAUCCUCUGUUAAUUUUAAGGAAACAAAGAAUUAGGAAAAAAAUCAGGUCACAUUUGACGAAAAACUUCAAUUUAGCAAGAAUAAUAAGUAAAUCUGGAAAACUAAACACAUUUCUCACGAAACUUUCAAAUAAAAAUAUAUCCUACAUUAAAGAUCUUGGUAACACUCUUCUUGGCAUCAAAUGGAGAUGGAUUGUGGUAACGCUUAUUUUGGUGAAUUUCAUAUGCUUUUUCUUUUUUGGAAUGCUGUGGUACGUUGUAGCAGCUAGUAGUGGAGAUUUUGACAGCAAUGCUACCAACACAUGUGUUAUUAACACUAAUACCAUGACAGGCUAUUUUUUAUUGAGUGCUGAAACCAUAACCACUAUAGGCUACGGAUACAGAUAUCCAACUGAACAAUGUAAUUUAGGAUGGUUGAUGUUAAUGUUGCAAGUUUUACUUAGUGUUGCCAUUCAAGGAGCAUUGGUCAGUAUUGUUUACGUCAAAAUUACGAAACCCCUAUCAAGUAGGGCUCGUUCCUUGUUUAGUAAAAAAGCAGUGAUAUUGUUAAGAGAUGGCAAACUUCGGUUCGUUUUUCGUAUAAACGAUUUCACAAAAAAGAUUUGGUGUGGCACCUACAUCUCUUUAUAUUUCAUGGAUAUGGAACCAUUAUAUCCAAAUGCGGAAUUCGAAAUGUUUCAAAUGCAAAUCGAGCCCCAUGGUCUACUUAUUUUUCCUGUACAAAUCGAACAUGUCAUUGACGAAAAUAGCCCGUUGUGGUCAUUUAGACCAUUGGAUAUUUUACAAUCAAGAUUCGAAAUAAUAGCAGUAGCAGAAGGCAGCUCGAAUAUAACAGGACAGAUAUCUCAAAACAGGACUUCCUAUUCUAGUGGUGAUAUUUUAUGGGGUCACCGAUUCAGACCUUGUGUGGAUUAUGAUAAAGACAGGGGAGUCUAUGUUGUCGAUUACAAAAAAUUUAAGCAAACUCUACCAUUCAACACACCUCUAUGUAGUGCAAAGAAGCUAAUGGAUAUUCAAAGCAAAAUCGUAGCAUCUUAGGUGAAACUUUCAGUUAACAAUAGAGAUAAUUUUAAGAAACAUUUUAAAAACAAUUAGUAGCUGCAUGAAAAAAUAAACCAAUUUGGUCAUGUAACUUAGAACCCUAAUAGAUUUUGAAGUCUGAUGAUAGCAGUAAAAUAAUAAUCAUUUGUUUUUCGUCAAAUGUUAAAAAAUUUAUUUGAACUAGUUAGCUAAAGGGGCGGUCUUAUAUUAUUGUAGGACUGCUGGAUAUAUCCAAAAAGUUAUCGCUUUAAAAAAUAACCUGCGAUUCGCCAUGUGGAACAUGGAACAAAUCUCUAAAUAAAUGUAACUUUUGAAAUCGCGAUUAUAGAUAAUUGCAUUAGUGGAUGCACUCAAAAAAAGAAGGAACCAUGGUUAUUGUGUUUUGAAAGAAGAGGUUAUGCAGGAAGGCUAACUUAUCAAUAAUACUAAACCCUCUGAGAUGAAUAAUUACGUCUUGAAAAGAUGAAAAAAUUGUUUCAUCGAUCAAGGGGUAAAAGGGAGAGAGGGAGUGUCUAGCUGAUAUACCUGCUGGCAAUAGUUACAUCUCUCUCAGCGGGUCUAAAAAUGGCACAACUAGAUAUAGAAGAAGAUAAGAUGAACACAAAAUAUCUUCAAAAGUUUAUGUGUAUUCCCCUGUUUCCCUUUUGUCCUUUAUACACUCAUCGACUUAAAAUCGAUCCAUUCAAAAUAUGUAAUGAUUUAUUUAAAAAUGCUCUAACUUUAAAAUGCAGAGGCUGAUUUAUUUGAAGUUUUUAGCAACUUUUAGAUAAAAUAAUAUAGUUUUAAUAUUAUUAUUCGGACAUCUAAAAGUAAUUUAGUACUCGCCGGAUAUACAGGGGAGAAAGAAAACAAUUUCUUCCUCUACUUUUGA